GGAGAACUCGACCAGUGUGGCACACUGGAAGGAAACCGAACGGAAACGGUGGUGCUAACAACAGCUAUAAAGAAUAAUAAGUGUUACAAAAAAUUGUUACAGCUAAAAAGUCAGAUAUUUUAUUAAUAAACAUUAUUUUUUUGAAUUGUUUAUUUUUAACGUGAAAUAAUAAAAAUGUUCGUUCGAGCUGUGAAUAAUAACGGUUUAUUUCGGUUAUAGAAAUUUUUUUUACAUAUAUUGUCAAUCCCUGCACCACCAAUACGAAAUCCGCCAUAAAAUAUCAAUUAAACACAUUUGUGACUAUGUAUGUGCGUGUUUUUACUGUUAUCGUUUGUAGCAUACAUUUUACUUGAAUUGAAAAUACAUUAAAACGCCGUCUUCGCCGCAAUCAGUUUCAACAUCGAUGAAUAUACAACGACAAUAAAAGCAGAAACGCUUGAACGACAACCAUAUAACAACACAAAGAGCGCCUUUAAGGCAACAACAUUCUUUAGGUGCAACGGAUACAUUAAGCGAAACAUGCCACUAAUGUUGCUGUAAGCUGCUUGUUGCGCCAACUAUCCUUCAGUGUCGCAAUUGCUUUUCAAGAGUACACGCAGUACUUAAUAGUAAAAUUUUAAAUGACAAGUAUUUGCAAGCAAAUCCUACCACUCACUUCACCAUCAUAUCGCCCAAGUAAUGCCAAAGCCACGGCAAAAACGUUACUGGCAUUGGCUAAAAACGGGCCAAUUAUACCGUCUCACACUUAUUGUAACAACAAUAUGCAUACCACUUUGCAGUAGUGCUUCCGGCGCUACGAGCUACUUAACCACUGAGAUAUAUAGCACCCCUAAGAGCAACAACAACAGCACCAGAAGCCAAUUGCAAAUUUGGCGUUAUAAACUUACAAAAUCACAGGAGCUAGAACUACAGAACUUACAGCCAACACAAAUCAAACUAACCAACACGCACCAAAGCAAACAUAAACUUACUCUUCAACCAACACACAGUCAUGAAAGUGUGCCAACUGAACGAGCUGUCUUGACGCAGACAAGAAACCGUCCCAACGUCGAGCUUAAUUUGCCUACGCCUGCGCUUGAUAGAAUUGGUGGUGAUGAUGUGGCAAAGCAUAGGCAUGUAGCAUAUGGUCUACAACAAACACCGACCCACGACGACACACUCGUAAAAGUACAAAACGUUAGCGACGGUAUGCGGCCUGACCCGCAGACUGUGGAGAAAAUAAACUUUAGUCGCAGCUCGAUGAGAAUUUCAGCCAAUUGGCCUGAUAACAAUUUGAAGGUUAAUCAAGUGUUUGAAAGUCAACGUCGCAUGACGACGGCAGAAAUUCGUCGCAACAGCCGACGAAUUGUUUUGCUUGGUCUGUUCGAGCUCUCCAACCGGCAGGGACAACGUUUGGAUGGCUGGAGUGAAUUGACCGCGGCGCAAAUGGCUGUAGAACAUAUCAAUAGUAAGAAAAUUUUACCUGACUACACACUGGAGCUCUUGAGUAACGACACACAGUGUGAUCCCGGUGUUGGAGUUGAUCGAUUUUUUCAUGCCAUCUAUACGCAACCUGACACACGUAUGAUUAUGCUGCUGGGCUCCGCAUGUUCGGAGGUGACUGAAAGCUUAGCCAAAGUGGUGCCGCACUGGAGUAUUGUGCAGGUUUCGUUUGGUUCCACUUCACCAGCGCUCAGCGACCGCAAGGAAUUCCCCAACUUUUACCGCACCGUCGCACCAGACUCAUCGCACAACCACGCGCGUAUUGCUUUCAUACGUUUCUUCGGUUGGGAUACCGUUACCACAUUUUCCCAGAACGAAGAAGUCCACUCAUUGGCUGUCAAUGAUUUAGUAACUGAACUGGAGGCGGCAAAUAUCUCGUGUGCGGCAACCAUUACAUUUGCAGCGACAGAUUUCAAGGAGCAACUAUUACUGCUACGAGAAACGGAUACGCGCAUUAUUAUUGGCAGCUUCUCGCAGGAUUUAGCACCACAAGUGAUUUGCGAAGCAUUCCGGCUACGCAUGUUCGGCGCGGAUUACGCCUGGAUAUUGCACGAAAGCAUGGGCGCGCCUUGGUGGAACGACCUAUCGGCCACGGGAACCAAUUGUACAACGAAGGAACUGCAGGAUGCCGUCGAGAAUUUGCUGAUCAUUGCCAGUCACAAUAGGAUUGUGGGAAAUAAGACCAGCUACAGUGGAUUGAACAAUGAAAUGUUCUUGUCCCAAUUACGUCAAAGGGCGAAUGGUCUGCUUGAUAACGGCAGUGUUGAUAAACAACGAAACUCAAAUGCGGCGCAAAGUCAGAAAACGAUUUCAUUAAGGGAUAAAGUAUUGAACACUAACGACAUACCCACCCUAAACGCUAUGGCCGUAUCGACUUAUGCACCUCAAACGUAUGACGCAGUUUGGGCAAUCGCUUUAGCGUUACGAGCUGCCGAAGAACGCUGGCAAAAGUUGGGUUUGCAAUCAAAAAUCAAUCAAUUCGAUUAUGUGCGAGCGGAUAUGGCACGGGAAUUCCUUCAACAGAUGGCGAAAUUGGAUUUUCUGGGAGUGUCGGGUCCAGUUUCGUUUAGUGGCCCGGACCGCAUUGGCACAACCGCCUUCUAUCAAAUACAAAAUGGCACACUCGCGCUCAUUGCCCUCUACUACCCAGCAGCCAGUCGUUUGGAUUUUCACUGCCCCCAUUGCUGUUCGGUGCGCUGGCAUAGCGGCCAGGUGCCCAUCGCCAGACGGAUUUUCAAAAUGCGCGUCGCCACUAUUGCGACGAGCGCCUUCUAUACGAUAGCCACGCUAUCGGUUAUCGGCAUCAUAUUAGCUUUAGCUUUCCUCGCCUUUACGUUGCACUUUCGAAAAAUGAAAGCAAUUAAGCUCUCCAGCCCUAAACUGAGCAAUAUUUCUGCAGUUGGUUGCGUUUGUGUGUAUGUCGCAGUAAUUUUGCUCGGACUGGAUUAUUCCACAUUACCCACUCCGGAGACUUCAUAUUCUAAUGUUUGCACGGCACGUGUCUAUUUGCUCUGCGCUGGCUUUUCACUGGCAUUCGGUUCGAUGUUUGCCAAAACAUAUCGCGUUCACCGCAUUUUCACACGCACCGGCAGUGUAUUCAAAGAUAAAAUGCUGCAGGACGCGCAACUUAUAAUGUUGGUAUGUAUACUGUUGGUUGUCGAUGCACUCCUCGUCACCCUCUGGGUAUUCGUCGAUCCGAUGGAGAGGCAUUUGCACAAUUUGACAUUGGAAAUCAACAGUAUUGACCGAAGCGUCGUCUAUCAGCCACAGGUCGAAGUUUGUCGUUCGCAAUACACUCAAGGUUGGCUGGGCGCUUUGUAUGCCUACAAAGGACUGUUGCUUGUGGUCGGCGUGUAUAUGGCUUGGGAAACGCGUCACGUGACCAUACCAGCGCUUAACGAUUCGCAAUAUAUUGGUGUUUCUGUGUAUCUAGUAGUAAUUACAAGCGCUAUAGUUGUGGUUCUGGCCAACUUGAUUUCAGAACGAGUUACACUAGCGUUCAUAACUAUAACAUCACUGAUACUGGCAUCAACAACGGCAACAUUGUGUUUGUCAUUUAUACCGAAACUUUAUGAUAUUUGGGGACGAAAUGUUGUUGUCGAUCCAGUUAUCCACAGCAUGGGCUUAAAGAUGGAGUGCAACACGCGACGAUUUGUUAUAGAUGAUAGACGAGAGCUACAAUACCGCGUAGAGGUACAAAAUCGCGUCUAUAAGAAAGAAAUAGCCGCGCUAGACCAAGAGAUACGAAAACUUGAACGCAUGCUUGAGUUUGGCACUGCGUCACCAGCUACAUCUGCUUCCUCGUUAGUGGGAGGACAACAAAGGCCUGAGUUAACCGUUACCAGCGACACAUCUAUAUUUAUCCCUCCGGUAUUUCCUGCGUUGCCACCGAAUAAUAAUAAAUCACGCGCCCCCAGCAUAUCUGGUAUACUGCCCAAUCUUUUACUAUCUGUUUUACCACCGGUAAUACCGCGUGCCAGUUGGCCCUCCGCUGAAUACAUGCAACUUUCUAUGCGUCGUUCCAUUGCGUUCGCCUCCCAGCCACAGUUGGAAGAGCGUAAAAGCACUGCGACCUGUCUAGCCGCACAAGACCUAUACAAUCUUCGUAUUGCCCACCGACAAGCAACGGAAACCAAAACAGGACUAAUCAAUCGUCUACGUGGGAUAUUUUCUCGUACAGCGUCAAGUAACAAAGGUUCCAGUGGUAGCCUUGGCGAGCAAAAGAGUUUGCGUACUGCAUUUAAGUCGCAUAUGGGACUCUUUACGCGUCACGUACCCACCACGCAAGCAGCCUCUUGUAAUGCCAUUUACAAUCAGACAAAUCAUAAAAAUGAAGGUUCGAACGAGUCUAAUGAGGCGCCACUUAAGUCUGUGAAGCGGUUGUCAUUUGCUAAGAGCGGUACACAUUUGGAUGUUGCUACGCCUGACCCCAAUUUUCUGCAAAUACCAACAAUAUCGGCGGAAACACCAGAAGAGCCGACUCACAUGGGUUUGAUACUGCCACUCGACCAAAGCGAGUUGGAACGCAUCGGUGUGGCGCGUUAUACCAAAGCACACGAAACUAAAGUGAAUUUCCAACUUCCUGCAAAUCGGCGGACGUCCAUUCUAGAACCUCAACCAUCUAUGAGAGUGCGUUGCUCACCACGUUUUCCACAUCGCGUGGUGCCAACCAGCAGUCUGUUGUCAUUAGAGGAGGCUGAUGAUCGGAGUAGCAUAGCGCUGCUGGAACGUAUACCGUUGGGGCGUGCGACUGUUGCUGGAACUUGGAAAUCUAUGGAAGUCACUACCGAAUCAAAGUUGUCAUUCAGUGUGACACCCAGCGGAAAAACUAGUACACCGACGUCAGGCGAAGUAGAAGAUAUAACCGAAAUUGAAAAUACAAAACCCAUGAAUUAGCAUAACUAGCAGAUGAAAACCUAUUUUCCAGAUUUGGUAGCCUCAUAUUUUAAUUAGGUAAUGAAAUGAAGAGAUGAGCAUUCUAAAGUAAUGCACGAAAUAUAACUUCCCGUUAGCUAUUGUAGUUUCAGUUUUUAGUAAAUAAUACCCGUUAACAAUUGCCGUUAUUUCAAAUUUUCUACCUGAUACUUUUACACAGACAAUCCUUUAGAAUCUACAUUUGUAAAUAACUAGAUAAGUAAAAAGAAAAUGCCGUUUUAAUGAACUCUAGAAACUAUUUGUAAGUAGUGACUUUUAAUGAUAAUACAUAUUAAAGAAUUUUAGGAACUCAACAGCGUCAGUUAACUAAAAAUUAGGUAGGAAAAACUACAAGUUGUAAAUUGAGUAUUGAAACUCAAGAACGAUAAAUUACAAUAUAUAUAUAUAUAUUAUAAUAUAUAAAGUAAAUUACUGAUUUAUGUUGCCUUUUUAACAACUUUUAUGAAAAAUAACUUAUACAUUUCAAGCUCACAAUUAUUUUUAAUUUUUUUGUAAUUUUAAGAUUAUUCGACUGUGGUAGGUAUCAGACUUACCUAGACUCAAUAGAAUAGCACGCUAACUAUCAAAGCUUUAUAUUUAUUUCAAAAUCAAACAGCCUAAUGGAAAUUCAUAUAGUAAUGACAUGGUUGAUAAGAAAAUGCACUGGCUGAUUAUCUGAAGUAGCUAUUUGUGAAACCUGUACCUUAAACAGCCGCACUUUUCAAAAAUAAAAAAAUCCAAACAAUUGAAUAUUUAACUUUUUGAUUCGUAAGUUUGUAGGCAAAAUUAAUGAAAAUUUUGAGUUCUAGUAUAAAUACAUAUUCAUUGAAACUCUCAAAAUAAAAAAUACAAACAAUUAUACAAAAAGCUUCAAUUUGAAGUCACUAUCAUUCUUAUCAAUCGAAUAAAAUCAUGAAUGUGAUGUAUCUUUUUUCGAACCCCUAGGUGUACAAACUUUCCAUCCAUAUUUACGAACGCUAGUAUAAGCAAUAUACUUGAGCAUUCGAAGGAACCUCACGGUGUACCUAGGUUAAUCUGGUGUAAGAAUAGAAGUAACAAAACAAUCUUAGCUAUAUUUGUCAAAUUAUAUGUUAUAUAAAUUUGGGUACUAAUAAUUAGGUAUACAUAAAUAGACCCUUAUAUUUGCAAUAUUUUACACCAUUAAGGGCUCCUUAUGAGCCAACUACGGUAUGAAAAAGCAAUAUUUAAUGAAAAGUAAACAUAGGUGAUUUAAUACCAAUAAAAAAAUAUAUAAAUUGCUUAAGACAAUUAAAAUAUGUAUUAUACUUAGUGAGAUACUAGAACUUUUAUGUAAAAACUGGAACACACAAUUAAUGAAAAAUGUAGAGGAAAGCAAAAAUGCGAAUUGCAAACGAAAUAUUUUAUGGUAUCUAUGUACAAUAUAGGAUUACUAUAUACACCUUUAAUGUAUACACGAUCACCUUUAUAAAGCAAUAAGUUUAAAAAUAAAAUAAAGCAAGUCACUCAAUGUACAAAGGAAAAAA